UUCAGCAGAAGAGAGUGUUGAUAAAAUUGCUACAAACAAAAGCAAUUUAACUCCUUUUUGUUGUUUUAAUUACGCCUUCAAAAGUUUAACUGCUUUAAAUUUCAUUUAUCGUAUAUGUUGCAAAAUGAUUCGAAUCUCGGCGCGUUCGCUCUCACGUGGAGUUGUAGGCCUACGGGCUCUCUCGACCACGACACCUUUUUCAUCCAAACUCAGUCCCGAGCAAGUAUUUGAACGAGAAGAAAAGUAUGGCGCUCAUAACUACAGCCCUUUGCCAGUGGCACUAGCAAAAGCAGAGGGGAUUUACAUGUGGGAUGUAACGGGAAAACGAUAUAUCGAUUUCCUCGCUGCAUACUCCGCUGUAAAUCAAGGACACUGCCAUCCUCGUAUCGUAAAGGCCCUGCAAGACCAGGCGGGCAUCUUGUCGCUGACUUCCAGAGCGUUCUAUAACGACGUCUUGGGGGAAUUUCAGGAGUUCGUCACUAAAUUAUUCGGAUAUGACAAAGUUUUACCAAUGAAUACUGGAGUUGAAGGGGGAGAAACCGCUUGCAAGCUCGCCAGAAAAUGGGCAUACAAAGUGAAAGGUGUUCCACAGAACCAAGCGAAAAUUGUGUUCGCGGAGAACAAUUUCUGGGGAAGAACAUUGGCAGCCUGUUCUUCAUCAUCUGAUCCUUCUUGUUAUACGGAUUAUGGCCCUUUUAUGCCAGGUUUUGCGCUAGUGCCUUACAAUGACUUAGCUGCUCUUGAGAAAUCUAUCAGUGACCCCAAUACUGCAGCCUUCAUGGUGGAGCCAAUCCAGGGCGAGGCAGGUGUAGUAGUGCCUGAUGCUGGUUACCUGAAGGGCGUACGUGACCUGUGUGACAAAUACAAUGUCCUGUUUAUUGCAGAUGAGGUACAGACUGGCUUGGGUCGGACUGGAAGACGUCUAUGUGUGGAUCAUGAUAAUGUUCGACCUGACAUGGUUGUUCUCGGCAAGGCAAUCUCUGGUGGAUUAUACCCGGUGUCCUGUGUUCUCGCUGAUGAUCAGGUCAUGCUGACUAUCAAACCAGGAGAGCAUGGCUCAACAUAUGGUGGUAAUCCGCUCGGUGCCAAAGUAGCCAUGGAGGCCUUGAGGGUUUUAGAGGAAGAGAAGCUAUCUGAGCGAUCUGCUGAACUUGGCAAAGUAUUCCUGUCAGCAAUGCAGAAGCUCAACCCCAAUGUUGUUGAGCUGGCGAGAGGCAAAGGUCUCAUGAACGCAAUUGUUAUCAAGCCUUCAGAUGAUUGUAAUGCAUGGAAGGUAUGCUUGCGACUUCGUGAUAAUGGACUUCUGGCCAAGCCCACUCAUGACCACAUAAUCAGGUUCACACCCCCUCUGGUCAUUACAGAGGACCAAUUGCAGGAGAGCAUCGGCAUCGUUAAGAGUACUGUUGAGUCGUUUGCUUAGACAAAGACAUGAUAGGGUAAUAGUGAAUGCAGUAAGUUUUUCUAGGGCAAUGUAUUUCUUGUUAUACCAUUCUUUAUUUUGUCUCAAUUAUUACUUCAUUAUAGCUGACAUGUACAGGCUUAUUUACUGCACUUUCAAGGUCAUAGGUUUAAAUCAUGACAAACAUUUAAUUAACAGGAUCCUAUCGCUAUAGAUUAUAUGGGAAUUAAGCUGUCAUUAGAGUUGCAUUAUGCAGCAAUGGCACAAAAAUGACAAGACAUAUUUAACGUGGAUACUCUAUUAUAGAAACCGAGGAGUGGUAAGAGCUAUGGCCACAUUCGGGUAAUACCUACCACAAAGAACAUACAAAUAACAGCUCCAUUACAGACUAUAACACUAACAUGCAAUAGCAAAAGCAACAGCAACAAAACCUAGAUCUCUGAAGGGAUCACAGUAAAGGGUUAAGUACCUUGGAGGAACACCCUUUAAAUGACAAAACACAAUAAAAACACAAAGCGAUUGUAUGACAAUGACAACAACAGCAAGAAACAACAACAAUUAAACCAGAUUUUGCCUUUAAGUGGUAUUAAAUGAUUGGUUUAGUUUUAAGAGAGAUGGACAGCCUUUAACAAACAAACAAACAUUUAAAAGCAAAUUUUAAGUUAUUGAAUAUAAAAGAUAACUAACAAUGACAGCAGCGAAAAGCAGCAGCAGCAGCAACAAGAACAAUACACAAUCUAUAUUUUUGUCCUUGAUGGGAUAAAUUAUAAGGUUAAGUAUGUAGAAUUUUUAUUAUGGAAAAGUCGGGCAAAAAUAAGAACAUCACCACUAGCCAGCUCCCCAGAUAGCAUUUAUAACUUGAUUCUUGACGCCACAGAAGAAA